AGAAACUGCCAAUUUCUGAGGCCCCUUUCCGUCGGAAAGCUGUCUGUAUAUAAGGAAUUCCAACGCUGUUCAAACGGUUCUUGAUCCUACAGGAAAAUAGCUAGUCAGAGAAGGCUACUGUCCUUGUGUAUAUGAAGGGACUUGAGUCCUUUUUGGUACAAGUAGUUGAAUGGAUGACUAUUUGAAUGGGUCCAAAAUAGCUAGUUGAAGGCAUUAAGUUAUUGGUAGAUUAAUCAAUAUGCACAAAGUUGAUCACCAACCACAAGAAAAGAUAAUAUAUUAAUUAUUACAAGUCCAUGCCCUGCUCAAGUAAACUUUGAACAGUCCAUAUUUCAUUCCAACAUCUUACUUUGUUUCAAGAAUAUAGAUUCAUUGUUUACUUGCAUAAUUUUGUGUUACAAUUCCAGUAAUCUAGUAUAUUUUAUAGUGAAUUCAACAUAUGGCUGAAGCUUUCCUUCAAGUUCUGCUAGAUGAUCUCACUUUUUUCAUCCAAGGGGAACUUGGAUUGGUUUUUGGUUUCGAGAAGGAGUUUAAAAAACUUUCAAGUAUGUUUUCAAUGAUCCAAGCUGUGCUAGAAGAUGCUCAAGAGAAGCAACUGAAGUACAAGGCAAUAAAGAACUGGUUACAGAAACUCAACGUUGCUGCAUAUGAAGUUGAUGACAUCUUGGAUGACUGUAAAACUGAGGCAGCAAGAUUCAAGCAGGCUGUAUUGAGGCGUUAUCAUCCACGGACCAUCACUUUCUGUUACAAGGUGGGAAAAAGAAUGAAAGAAAUGAUGGAAAAACUAGAUGCAAUAGCAGAGGAACGGAGGAAUUUUCAUUUGGAUGAAAGGAUUAUAGAGAGACAAGCUGCUAGACGGCAAACAGGUUUUGUUUUAACUGAGCCAAAAGUUUAUGGAAAGAAAGAGGAGGAUGAGAUAGUGAAAAUCUUGAUAAACAAUGUUAGUGAUUCCGAAGAAGUUCCAGUACUCCCAAUACUUGGUAUGGGGGGACUAGGAAAGACGACUCUAGCUCAAAUGGUCUUCAAUGAUCAGAGAAUUACUGAGCAUUUCAAUCUAAAGCUAUGGGUUUGUGUCUCAGAUGAUUUUGAUGAGAAGAGGUUGAUUAAGGCAAUUGUAGAAUCUAUUGAAGGAAAGUCACUGGGUGACAUGGACUUGGCUCCCCUCCAGAAAAAGCUUCAGGAGUUGUUGAAUGGAAAAAGAUACUUUCUUGUUUUGGAUGAUGUUUGGAAUGAAGAUCAAGAAAAGUGGGCUAAUCUUAGAGCAGUAUUGAAGAUUGGAGCUAGUGGUGCUUCAAUUCUAAUUACUACUCGUCUUGAAAAAAUUGGAUCAAUUAUGGGAACUUUGCAACUAUAUCAAUUAUCAAAUUUGUCUCAAGAAGAUUGUUGGUUGUUGUUCAAGCAACGUGCAUUUGGCCACCAAACCGAAACAAGUCCUAAACUUAUGGAAAUCGGAAAGGAGAUUGUGAAGAAAUGCGGGGGUGUGCCUCUAGCAGCCAAAACGCUUGGAGGUCUUUUACGCUUCAAGAGGGAAGAAAGUGAAUGGGAACAUGUGAGAGAUAGUGAGAUUUGGAAUUUACCUCAAGAUGAAAAUUCUGUUUUGCCUGCCCUGAGGCUGAGUUAUCAUCAUCUUCCACUUGAUUUGAGACAAUGUUUUGCAUAUUGCGCGGUAUUCCCAAAGGACACCAAAAUAGAAAAGGAAUAUCUCAUCACUCUUUGGAUGGCACACAAUUUUCUUUUAUCAAAAGGAAACAUGGAGCUAGAGGAUGUGGGCAAUGAAGUAUGGAAUGAAUUAUACUAGAGGUCUUUUUUCCAAGAGAUUGUAGUUAAAUCUGGUAAAACUUAUUUCAAGAUGCAUGAUCUCAUCCAUGAUUUGGCUACAUCUAUGUUUUCAGCAAGCGCAUCAAGCAGAAGUAUCUGCCAAAUAAAUGUAAAAGAUGAUGAAGAUAUGAUGUUCAUUGUAACAGAUUAUAAAGAUAUGAUGUCCAUUGGUUUCUCCGAAGUGGUGUCUUCUUACACUCCUUCGCUCUUUAAAAGGUUUGUCUCGUUAAGGGUGCUUAAUCUAAGUAACUCAGAAUUUGAACAGUUAUCGUCUUCCGUUGGAGAUCUAGUACAUUUAAGAUACCUUGACCUGUCUGGUAAUAAAAUUUGUAGUCUUCCAAAGAGUUUGUGCAAGCUUCAAAAUCUGCAGACUCUUGGUCUAUAUAAUUGCCAGUCACUUUCUUGUUUGCCGAAACAACUAAGUAAGCUUGGUAGUCUCCGGAAUCUUGUACUUGAUCACUGUCCAUUGACUUCUAUGCCACCAAGAAUAGGAUUGUUGACAUGCCUUAAGACACUAAGUUACUUUCUUGUGGGCGAGAGGAAAGGUUAUCAACUUGGUGAACUACGAAAUUUAAACCUCCGUGGUGCAAUUUCAAUCACACAUCUUGAGAGAGUGAAAAACGAUACGGAGGCAAAAGAAGCCAAUUUAUCUGCAAAAGCAAAUCUGCGCUCUUUAAGCAUUAGUUGGGAUGGACCACACAGAUAUGAAUCCGAAGAAGUUAAAGUGCUUGAAGCCCUCAAACCACAUCCCAAUCUGAAAUAUUUAGAAAUCAUUGGCUUCAGUGGAUUCCGUCUCCCAGACUGGAUGAAUCACUCAGUUUUGAAAUAUGUUGUCUCUAUUCUAAUUAACGGUUGUGAAAACUGCUCGUGCUUACCACCCUUUGGUGAGCUGCCUUGUCUAGAAAGUCUAGAGUUACAAGAUGGGUCUGUGGAGGUGGAGUAUGUUGAAGACUCCGGAUUCCUCACAAGAAGAAGGUUUCCAUCCCUACGAAAACUUCAUAUAGGUGGCUUUUGUAAUCUGAAAGGAUUGCAGAGAAUGGAAGGAGAAGAGCAAUUCCUCGUGCUUGAAGAGAUGAAGAUUUUUGAUUGCCCUAUGUUUGUUUUUCCAACCCUUUCUUCUGUGAAGAAAUUAGAAAUUUGGGGGGAGGCAGAUGCAAGAGGUUUGAGCUCCAUAUCUAAUCUUAGCACUCUUACAUCACUCAAGAUUUUCAGUAACCACACAGUGACUUCACUCUUAGAAGAGAUGUUCAAAAGCCUUGAAAAUCUCAAAUACUUGAAGUGUCUGGAUAUUCGUUAUUGUUACGCACUAGAGAGUCUCCCCGAGGAAGGGCUGGAAGGUUUAACUUCACUCACGGAGUUAUUUGUUGAACACUGUAACAUGCUAAAAUGUUUACCCAAGGGAUUGCAGCACCUAACAGCCCUCACAAGUUUGAGAGUUACUGGCUGUCCAGAAGUGGCAAAGCGGUGUGAGAGGGGAAUUGGAGAGGACUGGCACAAAAUUGCUCACUUACCAAAUGUGUAUAUUGACUCUACACAUAUGGCAGAAGCUUUUCUUCAAAUUGUGAUUGAAAAUAUCACUUCGUUCCUUGAAGGGGAACUUUCAUUGCUUUUCGGUUUUGAAAAUGAGUUUGAAAAUCUUUCGAGCAGGUUUUCUACAAUCCAAGCUGUGCUUGAAGAUGCUCAGAUGAAGCAACUAAAGGACAAGGCGAUUAAAAACUGGUUACAGAAACUCAAUGCUGCUGCAUAUAAAGUUGAUGACAUAUUGGACGAAUGUAAAUAUGAGGCAGCAAGAUUCAGGCAGUCUCGAAUAGGACGUUAUCAUCCCGGGAUUAUCACCUUCCGCCAUAAGAUUGGGAAAAGGAUGAAAGAGAUGACGGAGAAACUAGAUGCAAUUGCUAAGGAAAGAAUGGAUUUUCAUUUGCAAGAAAUGAUUAUAGAGAGACAAACAGCUAUACGGGAAACAGGUUCUGUUUUAACUGAACCACAAAUUUAUGGAAGAGAAAAAGAGGAAGAUGUGAUAGUGAAAAUCCUGAUAAACAAUGUUAGUGAUACCCAACGACUUUCAGUCCUCCCAAUAGUUGGUAUGGGGGGACUAGGAAAGACGACUCUUGCACAAAUGGUCUUCAACGAUAAGAGAGUAACUGAGCAUUUCCAUCCCAAAAUAUGGAUUUGUGUCUCCGAUGAUUUUGAUGAGAAGAGGUUGAUAAAGGAAAUUGUAGAAUUUAUUGGAAGAAUGUCACUUGGUGACAUGAGCUUGGCUCCACUUCAAAUGAAGCUUCAAGAGUUACUGAAUGGAAAAAGAUACUUGCUUGUCUUAGAUGAUGUUUGGAAUGAAGAUCAAGAUAAAUGGGCUAAUUUAAGACAAGUCUUGAAGGUUGGAGCUAGUGGUGCUUCUGUUUUAACCACUACUCGUCUUGAAAAGGUUGGAUCAAUUAUGGGAACUUUGCAACCAUUCCGAUUGUCAAAUUUGUCUCAAGCAGAUUGUUGGUUGUUGUUCAUGCAACGUGCAUUUGGACACCAAGGAAUAAAUCCCAACCUUGUGGCUAUCGGAAAGGAGAUUGUAAAAAAAAGUGGUGGUGUGCCUCUAGCAGCCAAGACUCUUGGAGGUAUUUUGCGCUUCAAGAGAGAAGAAAGAGAAUGGGAACAUGUGAGAGACAACGAUAUUUGGAAUUUACCUCAAGAGGAAAGGUCUAUUUUGCCUAUCUUAAGGCUUAGUUAUCAUCAUCUUCCACUUGAUUUGAGACAAUGCUUUGCGUAUUGUGCAGUAUUCCCAAAGGACACCAAAAUGGAAAAAAAGAAGGUAAUCUCUCUCUGGAUGGCACAUGGCUUUCUUUUAUCGAGAAGAAACUUGGAGCUAGAGGAUGUGGGUAAUGAAGUAUGGAAUGAAUUAUACUUGAGGUCUUUUUUCCAAGAGAUUGACGUUAGAUAUGGUAAUACUUAUUUCAAGAUGCAUGAUCUCAUCCAUGAUUUGGCUACAUCUCUGUUUUCGGCAAGCGCAUCAAGCAGCAAUAUCCGCGAAUUAAUUGAAAGAUACCCACAUAGAAUGCCUAUUGGUUUUGCUGAAUUGGUGCCUUUUAAACCUCCUUAUCUCUUGCAAAAGUUUGUCUCGUUGAGGGUGCUUAAUCUAAGUAAAUUAUACUUUGUGUCGUUACCCUCUUCCAUUGGAGAUCUAGGACAUUUAAGAUACCUGGACUUGUCUGGCAAUCUUAUAAUUCGUAGUCUUCCAAAGCAGUUAUGCAAGCUUCAGAAUCUGCAGACUCUUGAUCUACAGGGCUGCAGGUCACUUUGUUGUUUGCCAAAAGAAACAAGUAAACUUGGUAGUCUCCGAAAUCUUUUACUUAAUGGUUGCAAUAAAUUGACUUGUACACCACCAAGGAUAGGAUCUUUGACAUGCCUUAAGACUCUAGAUUGCUUUGUAGUGGGCGAGAGGAAAGGUUGUCAACUUGGUGAACUAAGAAAUUUAAACCUCCGUGGUGCAAUUUCAAUCACACAUCUUGAGAGAGUUAAGAGGGAUACGGAGGCAAAAGAAGCCAACUUAUCUACAAAAUUGAAUCUGCAUUCAUUAAGCAUGAUUUGGAAUGGAACGUAUAGGUAUGAAUCAGAAGAAGUUAAAGUGCUUGAAGCCCUCAAACCACACCCCAAUUUGAAAUCUUUAACAAUCAGUGGCUUCAAAGGAUUCUGUCUCCCAGACUGGAUAAAUCACUCAACUUUGAGAAAUGUUGUCUCUAUUCUAAUUAACGGUUGCGAAAACUGCUCGUGCUUGCCACCAUUUGGUGAGCUGCCUUGUCUAGAAAGUCUAGAGUUACAAGACGGGUCUGUGGAGGUGGAGUAUGUUGAAGAUUCUGGAUUCCCCACAAGAAGAAGGUUUCCAUCUUUGAGAAAACUUUUUAUAGGUGAAUUUCAUAAUCUGAAAGGAUUGCUGAAAAAGGAAGGAGAAGAGCAAUUCCCUGUGCUUAAACAGAUGAAGAUUGAGAAGUGCCCUGUGUUUGUUAUUCCUACCCUUUCUUCUGUCAAGAAAUUGGAACUUGUGUGCGAGGAAGAUGCAACAGGUUUCAGGUCCAUAUCUAAUCUUAGGGCUCUUACUUCCCUCAACAUUAGGGAUAACAAAGAAGCCACUUCACUCCCAGAAGAGAUGUUCAAAAGCCUUGCAAAUCUCAAAUACUUGGAAAUCUCUUUCUUUAAGAAUCUCACAGAGCUGCCUACCAGCCUGGCUAGUCUCAAUGCUUUGCAGAGUCUGACAAUUGACCAUUGUGAUGCACUAGAGAGUAUCCCUGAAGAAGGAGGAUUGCAGCACCUAACAGCCCUCACAACUUUAACAAUUACUCGUUGUCCAAGAGUGGAAAAGCGGUGCGAGAAGGGAAUAGGACAAGACUGGCACAAAAUUGCACACAUUCCUAAUGUGAAAAUGCAUUCCUAAGUAUUAUUUGUAAUU